AUUUGGAUUGUCACUGCAUGAAGUCAUCCUGCUUCCUGGAUCUGGAGGUGUGAAAUUCCCAGUGGGGAGAAUAAAUAGAGCCAGCCGCCCGAGGGUGAGGCAGAUGGCUUCAUCAUGUCUUCUGGAGGUCUUCUUCUCCUGCUGGGACUCCUCGCCCUCUGGGCGGAGCUGACCCCCGUCUCCGGCCAGGACCGUCCAAGUGAGCUUCCAGAAAGAUCUGGAGACCCUUGGAAGGGAGGGGCUGAAGAGAUCAGAGUUCUCCCCCAGGGAAGGGAAACCAAAGAGCCCCGUCUAGAACCUCUGGCUUGGUGGGGCUUCUCCCGGGGAGGUUCUUUUUGUUAUCUUCCGGCUGAUCCCAGAACAUGUAAAAUCAACGCGAGUGCUUUCUACUACAACUCAGCAUCAAACUCAUGCCAAGAGUUUCUUUAUGGUGGAUGCAAAGGAAAUUCCAACAGGUUUGAGACCAAAAGUGAAUGCCACCACACCUGUGUUGGGAAGGAGUUGUGGACUGACCUCUUCACUGAAAAAGAACCGUUGCCUCCUAAAAUUAAGCAUAGGGUGGCUUAA